UCGUGUUUACGUCACGUUGGGCCGAAAAGUUCCGGAAAGUUCGUUUUAAAAGUGUGUGUGGUCAAGGUACAGACAAUCUAUCGAAUGUUUAUCGAGUGACUGCGUGCGAGCGUCAAAUAUCGAGCGUCAUGGUUCCCUUGAUGUUCUUCGUAAUGCGCCAGCUGCUGGAGGAGAAGCAGCGCCACAAGCGGCAGAGUCAGGGACUACUUCAGGCAUCCGAUGCUCGCCGCCCACAGUCCAACACUGUGCUGCGGAACCGACUCCGAAAAGACGAGUCGCGCCCCCUGAUGGCUGGUCUCAGCAUAGACAGGCCUGUUCAAGACGUCGUCAGCUGCUACGACGGUCCCAUGCUCUUCUCAAGCACCGAUAACCUGGACGCAGCGGUCGGCGACAGCGUCAAGGACAACAUUGUGCAGGACGACGUCGACGGAGAAAAUCCCGUGGCCAUUGCCCUCAACAGUAGCCCAAUUCCACCGUCCCCUGAUGUGCAGAGGAAACUUAGGCAGAUGGACCUCAGCGAUGACCUCACGAGCAUCAACGGGGACGAGGACCUGGAGAGCACGCCUGUGACGUCAGAGUCAGUGUCGAGCCGAUCCACGUCUGCGCGAGUUCCAGACACUCCAACGGACGUUACGAACACCAUUGCCCAGGUGGAAGACGUGAGCGGCGGCGUUGGAAGUGGCGGUGAGGGGAAAAAGGUGCAGCCGGCCAUGUCGGUGCCCGUGAUGGACUUGGGUCCCCUGGCCGACCUGCUGGACCAGGGCCAGAUGGAGGAGUUCUCCACGGUGCCCUGCCCGCAGGGCACCACGAUCCGGUGCCGCAUCACGCGAGACAAGAAGGGCGUCGACAAGGGACUGUACCCGACCUACUACCUUCACCUUGAGAAGGAGGACAACCGAAAGGUGUUUCUGCUGGCCGCCCGUAAGCGCAAAAAGAGCGCCACGUCCAACUAUCUGAUCUCGGUGGACCCGACCGACCUGUCGCGAGGUGGCGAAUCCUUCGUGGGCAAGCUUCGUUCCAACCUGCUCGGCACCGCCUUCACCAUCUACGACUGCGCCGAGAAGCCCCGGCAGAACACGGAGAAGCGCUCGGUGCGCUCCGAGAUCGGAGCCGUCGUCUACGAGACAAACGUUCUUGGAUUCAAAGGCCCCAGGAAGAUGACUGUCAUCGUGCCAGCCAUGAGUAAAGACCACAAGAGGAUUGAGCUGAAGCCAUCCUUCGAACACGGGGGCCUGUUGGAGCGGUGGAAGUGCCGGAAUAUGGAAAACCUGCUCGAACUUCGCAACAAGACGCCCGUCUGGAACGAUGACACACAGUCCUACGUCCUCAACUUCCAUGGUCGGGUGACGCAAGCGUCUGUGAAGAAUUUUCAGAUAGUCCACGAAAAUGAUGCUGACUACAUCGUGAUGCAGUUUGGCAGAGUGACCGAAGAGUGCUUCAGUAUGGACUACUGCUACCCCCUGUGCGCUCUGCAGGCGUUCGCGAUCGCCCUGUCGAGCUUCGACAGCAAGCUGGCCUGCGAAUGACCGUUACUGAAGUCGCCUAAAGACGUUUCCCUGCUGCGUAGCAAUCGAAAAUUGCGGCACACUGUGCGUCACGUGAGGAACCUCCGCCUCAGAAAAUGGAACUGCCACGGAUUUGCCUUCGGCGACAUUGAAUGGAUUCCAUAGAUCCAGCGAGCUGUGGACAAUGGUGAUUCGCCUGAUAACGCACAGUUUGACCAGUGCGUACUGUGGGGGAGCGGAGUGCAGUGGUGUUGUGGACUUUCCUGCCUCCUUUCCCCCCCAUGCUCUUCCCUCUCCCAGUUUCCUUCAUUUCCGGUGAUACAACAGUCGAAACUCAGUAUAACGUACACGAACAUAACGAAAUACCUGAUUUAGCAAAGCAAGACAAUAGUGAUGCUCGCCAAUAUCAGCGCGUGUCAAAUUCACGCUUGUAAACGAACUUCGGAUAUUGAGAAUCGAAUCUAAACAUCUAUCUGCGAUAUAAGCGUCUAACGAACGCGCGCUCAUAGCGAACGUAGAUUAUAACGAAUGUCUUUUCGUGUCCGAUGCGUCUUCUCUAUAAGAUGGUUCGACGGUCGACUGUAUAUGCCGUGGUCAACACAUCUACUGUGGAAUUGAAGGAACACCUGUGAAGAUGAGGUAGCUCGAAGAGCUCACGACGCGAAUGUUGCUUCCCCUGGAGUAAAGCACAGUGGCAUUCUGCACUGCCUCAGUGACCAUAGGCUUUCCCAAACCCUGUUUCACCACGAGAUACCUUAAACACUCGCACGUCAUUAGCUAAACGAUAUUUGCCGUUACAUCGUUGACCACACUGAGAGAAAACAAUCUGUACUUGACGCGCGAGCUGCGACAGUUCAUAAAGAGGUGUGCUGCAAUAUAAGCUACGUUCGUGCACUGUCGUUAGAGAAAAGCGUGAAUUCUUGGACAUAAUAAUGUCGACAAGUAACACGAAGUUUGAGAUUUCGCCUGACUGGUACCGGCCGCUUCUUUUUCAAUUUUUGUCAUGCCUGGUAUUUUAGUGCACUCUAUAAGCAGACUUACUCGAUGACUGACGAUUUAAAUAUAAGCAAUACAAAGGUUAUGGAAAGUUCCCCGAGUCGCUUUUAAUUUCAUUCGACUAUCCGGAGUUAUUUACCUUGCAGAAAAAUUGCUACACGAUUGUUACGUACCACAAGGUAACCAGCUGUCUUUCUUAUUUUAGUUCUUGUUGCAAUCACGUAUAUGGCAUUUAUUUUUUGCCUCUUUGGCUAUAGUUGCACCUGGGCGGUCUUUUGCAACUAAUCUAACUAGGGCUUUUAAUAGCGGCGCCUCGAGUCGAACACUAAUCAGCUCCGGCACGGUAACCGGUAGUUUUAUCCUAAACCCAAGUGGUAGGACAGUUGCCCCUGUCAGGUUGUCAUUUGGGGCUAAGUUUUUCUGAGGAAGAAGGGGCUGUCCUUUAUCUGCAAACGAUUAUUUUCGAGUAACUAGCACGGAUACCUUUUAGCAUGCAGUAAUACUUGAAUGAAUAAAAGCUUGAUUUAAGAUAAAAAUUAUAAUGGCAGAUUGUUUUGUACUCCUGCCUUGAUAUGCACUCUUUGCCAGUACUUUCAAACACCGGUGACGUCUUCAGCAAAGCCUUGACUACCAGAACUGUAGCCAUUCGAACACCAAAUCUUCGCACAUGCCACUAUCAACGAUCCUGAGGCCGAGGACAAAAAAUCGAGCGAUUUUACACAGCUUUUGAGCCCAAUAUACAGACAACGGUGGGUCACGUCACUUGCAGCUGUCUUUUAGAGACGGCUAUAGACAUUACACAGAGAAAAAUGAGGAACAUGCAUAAAGCUUCGAAGGUGGCAUGUUAGCUCUGGGAAAGGCUAAGACAGCGUGAAAGACAUAGCCAAGGGAAUACGUGAGACACACACAUGCUCCAUGUGUAUCUUACGUCGUCCACUCGUACGCGUACAUGUCUUUCGAACUGAUUUGAAAUCCCCAAUGUUCAACCAAUUAGCUGAAGUUUCUCUCCUCGUCAACGUUAUUCUUAGUUGUCACCUUUGAAAUAAAGGUCACGCCGCAAACCCUUAGAAAAUGUGAAUGCCUCUAGGGUCAGUGCAAAUGUGCAUCCAACUCUGAAAUUUUUGAAGUUUGUUUUUAAAUGCGUUUAAUAGUAUUCGUCGUUGCAGGAAAAUACUGCGCAUGAGAUGACAACAUGGAUAAGGUAAAUGAAAAGGUGACUGUCUUUAAGUUUUAAAUAAACAUUCUUGAAGUGUGAAGUUUCACUUUCAUGUAGCGUCAGUGCAUUAGAGAUGACACUUUGGCUCCACCCAUGCAGCCUCACACAGUCGGCGAACUGCGGCACGUGAUCUGUGCUACCGAAGAUAGCACGAAUAACAUUGUACUACAUGAAUUGCAACUCGAAACUUCCAUUCUGCCUUCUUUAGACCUUACUGUCCUUUGUUUUAGACGGCGCUGCAUUCGGGGCCGGCUCACAUAUUUUGUUAAGUAAAGCCACAUCACCAGCUUUAGGCGCGCGCAGUUUGAACAGACGCAUCUGGGUGUUACACUGCUGAUGAAAAGAAACGAAAAAGUCUGCACUCUUCAGACACAAUAACACACUGCAUUUUGAUCACUU